AUGAAAGAGUCGAUGAACCAAGACUUGAAGGAUGUACCACCCCCAAGUCCUGUAGGAAAGCAAGGGAUUUGUUACCUUGGUGGAUUGGAGAUUCGGCGCGAUGUGUCGAUUAGCGUCAUUCGUUUAGAUAGGAAGGCAGAGCGGCUGCGUAGCAAAAUGGGUGGUGUGGAUGGCUUUGGAAAAGUGUCAGGUUAUGAGCCCAAGUGCUCGCUGCAGACACCUCACCAAGGACCAACUUGUGCGAGGGACACCCCGUCAGAGAAGGCGCUCGAUGCACGAGUAAGGCGCCGAAGAAUUCAUCGACAGGGAUCGUUGACGGUGCGCGUGCAGUCGAAAAGGGUUUGUGCAAGGGUGGUGACGCGAGAUGGUCUGAAUGCGCGAGUGCUAUCGAAGGAAGAGUCAAGUCAAGUGGUGACAAGUGUAUUUGUGGUCAAGAAGAAGUGGAAACUACAUGCAAGGCGAACGACGACUACGAGAUGUCAAGAUGUGACAUGGUGCUGGACGAUGGGGGAGCUGGAAUACCUGGAACGCUCGGUAUCAUCGAGGUUGGCUGGAGCGCAGGGGCAAGACUCAGUCAAGAUUCCCAUGGUGCACGGAUGCAGCAGUGAGGAUUACAGGCGGGUCGAUACCAAAGUGGUCUGCAUCUCAUGUCGUCGAGGGGGAGUGUUGUAA